AUGGUUUCAGCAGCGGCCUUUUGCCUCUUGGCUCUCGUUGCCUUCUACGUCGUACGAAGCGUCCGCAUCUUCUGCUCUUUGAGGCGCUUUGGUGGCCAUUGGUCGGUGGGCUGGUCGCGUCUCUGGCUACUGAGGACCCAAGGUAGCGGACAGAUGCACAAGCGAUUCACCGAGGUCAACAACAAGUAUGGAUCUACCGCCCGCAUUGGGCCGUCGAUGCUCAUCACCACGGAUCCAAGCCUUAUUCGUCACAUGAAUGCAGUCUGUUCGCCAUUCACCCGAGGCAGAUGGUACUCGUGCUUGAAGCUCCAUCCAGAGCGCGAGAAUAUCGUCUCUCUCGUUGAUGAGCGUAAGCAUACCGAGCUUCGCAACCGCAUGAUUCCCGGCUACUCGGGCCGAGAGAAUCAACACCUGGAACAGGACGUCGACACCCAGCUGCUGAAAUUCUUCGAGCUGAUCAACAAGAAAUAUGUCGCGGUUCCGGAAAGCGGCAUUUUCAGGACCAUUGACCUCUCCCGCGCGACUUCGUUCUUCACACUAGACACAAUCUCGCAGAUUGCUUUCGGACACACCUUUGGUUUUCUGGAGCGCGAUGAAGAUCCCUUCGGCUACCUCGAGAAUCUCGAGCAGUUCCUUCCCGCCCUGAUUGUCUUUGGUGUCUACACGGAACUAUCGAAGAUCCUUCAGAUGCCGCUUCUGAAGUCCGCAUUACCGAAGUCGACUGACAAGCGUGGCCUCGGUCGUGCGAUGGGGUUUGCGCGGGAACGGGUGCAAGAGCGCUUCGGUGAGAAGCCAGUCGUGCGGAAUGACAUGCUUGGCUCUUUCAUCCAUCGUGGUCUCACGCAAGGAGAAUUGGAAAGUGAGACGCUCACUCAAAUCACAGCGGGCUCGGACAGCACGGCGUCGUCUCUGCGGAUGACACUGCACUUCAUCUGCACGACUCCACCGGUACGCGAGCGCUUACUAGGGGAAGUAGAGAACGCCAUCGGUGCGGGACAGAUUACCAGACCAGUCAUCAAAGACGCCGAGGCCCGCGAGCUGCCCUACCUCCAAGCAUGCAUUAAGGAAGGGCUCCGACUGUAUCCUCCGAUUACCGGGCUCCUGGCAAAGCUCGUCCCACAAACUGGGUGUGUAAUCAAUGUCGACGGCGUGGACAAGUUCGUGCCUGGGGAAACGCAGAUUGCGUGGAAUCCGUGGGGGGUGAUGCGCAACUCCAAGAUCUUCGGCGGCGACUGCGAGAUCUUUCGACCUGAGCGCUGGCUGCCGAUUGAUGGCAGCAACAGCGAACGUGAUCGAGUCGCGCGUAUGACGGAGACUGUUCUGCUGUGUUUUGGCACAGGCAGGUUUGGGUGUCUGGGGCGUGGCGUGGCGCUGAUGGAGCUCAACAAAGCGGUGAUCGAGGUAAGCGUCGAAAUCUGCUGGCGGGACAUUUGUGCAUGA